UUAAUGCACUAGCUACAGUGCAGUGUGUGAAAACACACCCUGCAUGCUCUAGAUUCCCUUUCCCGGCUGCUCUGAUUGAUAUUAAAAUUGAACGGAGACACGGAGUAGGAGCUACGAAGCUUACAACUACUAGACUAGUGUUAGACAUACAAGUACAAAGCCGAUCUAAAGAUCUAUCAUUUAAUUCGAUCAAGCUAGGAACAGGACAGAACUCCGGAGAGACAUGGGUUGUGGUAUGAGUGCUGAGGAGAGAGCUGCAGCUAGUCGCUCACACGAGAUAGACCAAAUGUUGAGGAGAGAGGGGGAGAAAGCAGCCAGAGAGGUCAAGCUGUUACUACUAGGUGCUGGGGAAUCUGGAAAGAGUACAAUCGUGAAGCAAAUGAAGAUCAUCCAUGAAGAUGGCUACUCGGCCGAGGAGAGGAGUCAGUAUAAGCCGGUGGUGUACAGCAAUACAGUGCAGUCGAUGGUGGCCAUCCUCAAAGCUAUGGAGAGGCUCGAUGUUAAGUUUGCCGACUCAACCAGACUGGAAGACGCACGACAGGUGUUCACUGUGGUCAGUCAAACUGACGAUAUCAAGUUCACCUCUGAAUUUGUGGGUCAGAUGAAGCGGUUGUGGAACGACCCGGGAGUGCAGAAAUGUUUCACUAGAGCAAGAGAGUAUCAACUUAACGACUCAGCUGAAUAUUACCUGAGCUCGUUGGACCGCCUGGGUCACCCCACCUACAUCCCCUCCGAGCAGGAUGUGCUCAGAACAAGAGUCAAAACCACUGGCAUUGUGGAGACUUUCUUCGGCUACAGAAAUCUCAACUUUAUGAUGGUGGAUGUUGGAGGUCAGAGGUCAGAGCGUAAGAAAUGGAUCCAUUGUUUUGAGGGUGUGACGGCCAUUGUGUUUUGUGUGUCCCUGAGUGCAUACGACCUCAUGCUGGCUGAGGACGAACAAAUGAAUCGUAUGACGGAGAGUAUGAAACUCUUUGACUCAAUCUGCAACAACCGCUGGUUUGAAGAGACAUCCAUUAUUCUCUUCCUGAACAAGAAGGACCUAUUUGCUGAGAAGAUAGUCAAGUCACCCCUCACUCUGGCCUUCCCUGAAUACACUGGUCCCAAUACUUACGAUGACUGCAAGAACUACAUCAGAGUGACGUUUGAAGAUCUGAACCGCCAGAAAGCCAAGAAAGAAAUAUACUCUCACUUCACAUGCGCUACAGAUACAGGGAACAUUCGAUUUGUGUUUGAUGCAGUCACAGACGUUAUAAUCAGAAAGCAUUUAAGAGAUGUUGGUUUGUAUUAACCAGUCAAUUAUUAUAAUUAUGAAUCAUUAACUCUUUACAAUUUAGGUGCCUCUGUUCUGUUCGUCUGUCUAUGAUUUGUGAAUUAGUCUGUUUAAUAUUGCUGCUUGUACUGUAUUAUGUACUAUGUAACGAUGGCAAUUUUCAGUAUUGAGAAA